CAUCAACCAUUCAACAUCAAUGGGCAAGGACGGAUUUCUUACUCCUAAAGCUAUUGCAAAUCGCAUCAAAGCCAAGGGUCUCCAGAAACUUCGAUGGUACUGUCAGAUUUGCGAGAAGCAAUGUCGAGAUGAGAACGGGUUCAAGUGCCAUUGUGCUUCCGAGUCUCAUCAGCGUAAGAUCUUGCUUGUGGCAGAAUCACCUGAUAAAUAUAUUAAUGACUAUUCCGCAGAGUUUCAGCGCGAUUUUUUGAAGUUGCUCUCUACAAGAUAUGGAACUCGUCGUGUCCAUGCCAAUUUAGUCUAUCAAGAAUUCAUUUCAGAUCGACAACAUCUUCACAUGAAUGCCACUAAAUGGGCAACCUUAUCAGAAUUCACAAUGCAUCUUGGAAAGGAAGGCUUAGCCAUUGUGGAUGAGACCCCCAAGGGCUGGUUCAUGCAGUGGAUUGAUAAUUCACCCAAGACUUUGGCUCGACAGGAAGCCAUCGCUCGAAAGGAAAGAAUGGAAAUGGAUGAUGAACAGCGGGAGCAGAGAUUGAUCCAGCAGCAGAUUGAAAGGGCCGCAGCCCUUAAAAAGCAGCAACAACAGCAACAAGGAGAUGGCAAUGGUUCUUCAGGUGAAACAGCAGAAGAAGAAAAUAAUACAGCAGCAACGGAACUCAAACGAAAAAAUGAAGAAGAAAAAAUCAAGUUGGAUAUUUCAAUCAAACCUAUAGGACUUGGCGGAGCAGCGGCAGGGGGCGGAUUAAAAUUGGGCGGUGGUGGAACUGGAUUGCUGAAACCAAAGAGUUUGAGCGCUCUAGCAAAGAAGCCAAGUGUGUUUUCUUCAAAGAGUUCUACUGCUUCCACUGCUUCCACACCACCAUCAUCAUCGGCAACUUCAAUAGGACCAGCAGCACCAGUAGCAGCAUCCAUAUCCACAACCACAACAACAACGAUGGCGACAGAGCCACUUAAGAAGCGAUCUGCGAUGGAAGAGAUGAUGGAUCGUGAUUUGGUCAAGAAAAAUAGGUUGGAGGAAGAAACGAAUAGUAAAGAUGUAAAGUCCAAGGAUGAGGAGGGAAGGCGGGAAUACUCUGAUCGUAGUAGCAGAGACGACAGGAGCCAUAGAGACAAAGAUAAGGACUAUAGGUCUAACCACGACAGUCGAAGUGGUCGCGAUCGGGUCCGAGACUAUAGAUCGAUUAGAGAUAGUCGAGACGGCCGUGAUCGUAGUCGUGAUCGUAGUCGUGAUCGCGACUACAGGUCUAGUCGAGAUAAUCGGGAUGAUAAGGACCGUGAUUACAAAUCAGGCAGAGAAGAUCGGGAAGAAAGAAACAAGGAUAGAUAUAGGGAUUCGAGGAGUCGUGACAACAACCGGGAUCGGGAUGGCUAUCGGGAAAGGUCCAGGUCGCGAUAGGAGGUAGAAUGGUGAUAAAUCUUGAUGUGCAAG